UCGGUGACUUGUGACAACUGGAUGAAAUUCGUUGCUGCGCUCAGUGUCUUUGGUAGAGCUGCUAUAAUUGUAACGCUCAUUUCCCGAACGUACGUUGUCUGCUCGCAAAAUCGAUGGAUCGCGAUAUACCUCAUCGCUCUCGGUCUAGUUUGUGUUGUGGCUGAUGCGUUCCAUGUUCCUGCGGAAAAAUGUGUUGAUUCGGCGGACCCCCCGAUGCUCUGUAUAGCAAGCGCACUUCGCUCAUUCUUCAUGAUCGCCUUCGAAACAUCCGUAGUCCUCUUUACCACUAUAAGAACCUUCCAAGCUCUGAGAGCUGGCGGUCCUUGGAGACGUCAAAGACAUCAUUUGACAUUUCUCAUCUUUGAAGAAGGUAUUUUCUUGCUUUUCGUUCCGAGAAUUAGGUCGAUAGAUAACUAA